AUGGAUAGCGACAAUGUGUACGACAAAAAUGGUGAACCUAUUCACGAAGGAGAUUACGUUUACACUAGAAUUCGCGGCGGAACACACGAAGGCAAGGUCGAGGAAAUCGUCACGGAUGAAGCGCGUGCUGAAGAAACAUCAGUGAAGCAUCCUCCUAAGGUCAUACUGCACAACAAGGAUGGAAAGACAAGGGCGCACAACCCUGGCACUCUAGAAAUACGCAACGAGGAUGCCUGA